UGGUGCAUUUUUAGUAGUUUACUAGAUCGCUUACGAGUUGCUGCAAAUUGCAGUCCGAUGCAGGCUUUAUCGAGCUCAAUACAAUCGAGAACCGCAUAGAGAUAUCACAUCACUGGUUAUGUCCGAUUGUGUUUUAUUUUGUUUAUGUCCAUGUUUCCAGUGACAUUCCUAUCACUAAAACAUGGCGAGGUAGUAUGUUGAUAUUUACCUGAAGUGCAUCUUCGUUUAACGAGUGUAGGGAAGCUUUAAAUCUGUCAACGUACAUCUGCAAUUCGAGUGACUUGCGAAGCAAUGCACUCGGUCAGUGCCAGUUUACCGAGUUCCACGGAUGUGAAUGAUGCUUCGACUUUGAUUAAACGAAAUCAAAAUUGUCAGGCGACUGACGAGAGUACUGGUGAAUCAUGCGGCGAAACUAAAGGUCUGCAUAUUCUUGAUGAAUUCCGCAAAUUGUACGAAAGUCGCAUCGAAAAGGUCGAUCGAAUAUCGGAUGGCGAAUCUGACCGAGUUUCCAUGAAGCUGCAGAUAAUGAGCGAUUGGAUUAAAGAUUUAGGGGAGCAGAAUACAAUGUUGGUCCAUACGGUGGAAGAUUUAGAACAGGCUGCAUGCAGUAGAGUUAAAAUGUUAGAAGAGAAACUGAAGCAAUCAUCGCAGAUAGUUGUAGAUAAUUUAACAAGAUCAAAUCAUUCUGAAAAGGCUCUAAAUACUCUUUCAAAUCGUGUUAACCAAUUAGAAAAGGAUGAAAAAUAUUUACAACAAAAAAUAGAAUAUUUGCAAAGUGACAUUAGAGGACUGUUAGAAGUAAUUCGACGUGCACGUCAGCAAAAUGUUUGGAGUCUUGAGGGUAUUACAUUCUUAGAGAUUCAGCCUGAGAAUAUUCCAAUUCCAAUAGACUGCAUCUGUGGUCAGGAACAAACAGACACUGAACAUGUAAAAUCCUUGAAUUUGCAAAUAGAACAAUUUCAAGAAAAUGAAAAAAAGAUGCUCAGAUCACAAUUUGAGUUUGAAGAAAAAAUAGCAGAUCUCAAGACAGAAUUAUCAAUGAAGGAUGAGACAAUAAAAAAUUACAUCUCCAGACUACAGUGUUUUUACGAGAAACUCAAGGAACAUGUCAAACAAACAAAUCAAAUUAUUAGUCACUCAUUGAUCACUUCUGAUCAAGAUUGCAAUAUUAUCUUAAUACCUGACAUUUUGGAAAGUAUAUUAGACGCGAAAGAUACGGAAAACAGAAACUUACGGCGGCAACUCCAGCAUGUUGAAUCCAAGCUUAUGGUACAUACUUAUGAAAAUAAUAUUGAUGCAACAAAUUUGAAAGUACAAUUGGAAGAAAAAUCUAACAAAGUGCAACAACUGGAAGAAAAAGUGGCCCAACUAGAAAAAGAAGCUGAAAAAACACAGGGUACACUGACGGCGGAGAUCGUUACAUUGGAAAAACAAAAUUAUCACGCAAAUGUAGGAAAUCUUUUAAAAGACGAUCUGAUCAAAGAAAUGCGGAAAGAACUGAAAGAAGCGACUUUAGAGGAUACUUCUUCUCGGAAAGUCUACAUCAAUACAAAUAAUUUAUCAGAGGAGAAUUCUUCGCCUUCAACAGAUAUUACACAUUCUAAGGAUGAAUUUAUAUCAUUCUUGAAUAGCACAAAAAAUCAUGUGCAGAAAGAAUGCGAAAUAUUGUCCAGCUUAAAGCUUGAGCUAGGGAAAUUCCUUGAAAAAUUAACUAUGAAAGAUGAUGAGGUGUGUUUGAAUGGCUGCAUUAUGUCUAACAGUUGUGCAAAUAAAAAUAAACAUUGCGUAGGCGGCAUAUCGGACAAGCUUGUCAACUGUAUUGAAAUUAUAAUCAGGAUGUAUUCAGAAAGAGAAAAAGAAAUUAGUCUGUUUGAUUGUAUGAUAAAAAAAGAAGAUAAUCACUGCGUGUGCGGCGAUUCUAAAGAUAAUAAAUCAAAUGUAAACACCAAACUGCACUUCAAGCUGAUGGAGGAAUUCAGAAUAUGCACUGUAGAAGCUCAAGCAGCAACAGAAGAUAUUCGCGAGGAGAUAAACACGAUUGUUUCGAUAUUUAAUUCACAACACCAAAACUAUGAGGAAUUGAACAAAAUGGCUACUAAUGUACAAAGUUGUUUGGCAAGAACGCGAGAAGGACUUAUAGAAGAAAUAAAUCGAUUAGAACUUCAAGAGGAGGAAAGACUGAGGCACAGUGAAAGAAUUGUAAGUGGCAAGCUUAAAUUAAAGGAUAUAAAAAAUGAAAUUAAUCUUGUCCAAUCAGAGCUGUCUCGGUGCAUUAAUGGUAUACAGGAGGAUAUACAGAAAUCCAGCGAAUGUGGAUACACAGAAGCAUGCAUCAGUAAUGAUUUAUUAACGACGCUAACGGAAGAAGUUGAGCAAAUAUUGAUAAAUUUGCAAUUAUUUCAAACUCAGGGUGGUUGUGUAACGUCAACACUAAAAGGAUUAAGAAGUCAGCUAUGCAUUAUAGAUUAUUCUUUAAAGGAUUUACAGAAAAAAGCUGAUGAAGCGCUGUUGAAUAACGAAGUUUCAAAAACGAUAUUCUGUGAAAGAGAAAGCAGAUUAGGUAAACUCGAAGAAGAAAUUGAUUGUGCACAUACAAAAAUGCAAGAUGUAUUAGAAACUUUUCUUUCCACAAAACAAGAAGAAAAGGAGCAGUCUUCUCUACCUUACACCUUUGACAAUCAGGAAGUAAAUGACAUAAUAAAAACGAAAGAAGAUUUACAUAAAUUAAGGAAGGAAUAUGACGACCUAAGACUUAACAUGGUUCAGCAAACAUGUCAGAUGCAGAAUGAUGACAAAUUAAAUAAGUGGAAAAAUCGUGUAACUGACUUGGAAACUGAAAUUAGGAUGUUGCAGCAUGAGGUGAAAUGCAAACAAGAAGCAAAUAAUUUUUUGAAGAAUAGUAUCCAAUUCAUGGAGAAAGAAUUGACUGCUGUACGAAUCAAAGCGGAGAAUUAUAGACAAUGUCAUAGCAAAGAUAACAUGGAAUUGAAAAAGAAAAUAAUAGAACUGGAAAAUAUUAUCAAAACGCAGAAAGAAAUAGAAAAUAAUCUUAGAAAAAAUUUAAAUGAUGCAGCGAAUGUUAAGAAAUCUGCAGAAAUCUCAAGUGCUUUUCAAAUGGAUUGUGUGACAGAAACAGUGCUUUCACGUUGCGACUAUUCAUCCAAACAUGAGAAUACAUGUGAAUUAUUUAAAAUUGUACAAGACGCAGUGCAGUCUGCAAAACUGACGGUGCAAGAUCUUGAAAGUGAACUUAAAAAAUUGAUACGUGAAGAAUCAUCGUUUUCUUCUGUUUCUGCAAGAUCUGUUGCGGCACUGACGGAUUUAUUAGGAAAAUGUAAAGAAAAAUUGGAUGCUUGCUGUCAUGAGUUAAGCAAACUUAAAAGUGCUGUAUAUUCCAAAGAGAAACUUUUGGAAAACUUAGAAGAAGUUAUACAUAUACAACGGGAUUCUUUGACAAUGAGCCAAGCUGAAGUAAAAAAUCUCCAUCAAAAACUGCAAGAUAAGCUUGAUAAGCAAAGCCUCAUUAUCACGCAAUAUGAGAAAGAGAAGAAUGAAUUGUUAAAACAGAAUGAACUCCAAAUUCAGACUAUCGGGCAUUUACAGAAUGCCGUUGUUGAAGCUAAGAGAAAUUUGGAUCAGAUGAGUCAUAAAACGAUGAGCGACCUUCGCGAGAAAGAUGAAACCAUUCGUCAACUAACAAUCUGUAUCGAUGAGACGCAGCAUCAGUACAAUGAAUGUUUCACAGAGGCAACUAGCCAGGAUGUGUUACUAGAUUUGCAACGAGAUGCUAUCGACAGUCUGCAUAAAAGAAUUCGUUGUUUGGAAUAUGACAAGUAUUUGAAUGUCACUAUGCUGCAUACAAUAUAUAAUUCGAUUCUAAAUACAGUACAGAAACAAAUGCAUGGUCGCUCAAAAGAUUUCCCGGAGCUGAAAUCGAAGAUGGAUUUUAUGCAGGCGGAAAAUUCCUCCAAAAUCAAAUGCACAAGGAAAUCGUGCACAAUAUGUCCUGAAGACAAAAAUUGCGACAUACAAGACUUAGAGUACUCUUCAAAUGGCAUCACAUGUAGAAUGUUAUAUAUGAAAGAAUAUCCAGAUAAUUUGAGAUAUAAAGAAGUGGAGAUGGAUAGUAUCGCCGAAAUACAACGAUUAAAAAUGAUAUUAUGCAAGAUUCAAGAUAUCGACAGCGAUUUAAGAUGCAAAAAUCCGCUACCUGAUCAUCAAUACUUCAUAUCGGAAGUUCACAAUUUGUCGAAGAAACUAGAGCACAUUGAGCAGAAGGAAAUUGCAUAUAAAAAAGUUGUAUUAAAACUACGAGAUGCGGAAAAAGAGAUCAAGAUCUUGAUGGACCAAGCUGUUAGUAAAGAAGAAAUCAUUAGGGACCAAUCCUGUGAACUUGAAAGCCUUCGAAACAAAUUGUUCACAAAGGAUCAAGAAUUAGAGGAGAUUCUACCCGAAUUAACUAUGUUCGAGCGGGAGAUGGUGGCUAUUUUGUGUGAUCGAAUACAUUCUUUGAAAACUCUGCUUCAAGACAGAUCGAACAACAUGGUUAAAUUGCAAGCUGAUUACGAAUUGCUUAAGAAUGAAAAUUCUAUAUUAACGAGGCAGAUUCACAUCACUGAAGUCCAGGCUAAGAAAGAUAUCUCUCACUUAAAGAAAAAGCUCAAUGAGGUACAAUUAAAAUUGCUCGAAACGGAAGAUAAUUAUCAACGAAUAAUUGAAGGUUUUAAUAAAACUGAGGAACAGCUAAUGUUAACAGCAGUAAAAGAAUCUAACUCGCAAGAAAUGAUAAUUAUGGAACAGGACUUCAAUUCAAAAAUUGAAAAAUUAAAGGAUGAAACGAUCAAUCUUCAUGAUUUGUUGACUGAACUACGCAAAGAAUUGGAAAACGCCAGAAUGGAACUUGAAUUAAAGACUAAUGAACUUCAUCAAACGCAAGAUAAAUGCAACAAUUAUAGUGAUCAAUUGGAUAUGCUACGUGAAAAGCUUCAAAAUGAACAGAAAGAAUUAACGAAAAUCAAAAAAACAAACCACGACUUGAUUCAUCAAUUGCAGAAAUAUACGUACGACAAUUAUCAUCUUAACGAAGAGAAAAUUUCACUUGAACGAAAUAAUUCCGUAUAUAUAAAGGAGCUUGAAGACAUGCGCAACUUUUUACUCGACUUAAAACGGGAAUAUCAUACAAAGGACCAAUCUCUAGCAUGUAUGUCAGCUGACUUAAGUGAAGCAGCUGUUAAUAGCUGGAAUCUUUGUCAGGAAUCUGAAGAUAUAGUUUUAUGCAUUCGUGGUUUUAUGGAACAGCAGAAAAAACGUAAUAAAAACUUACUGCAAAACUUAGAAAAUAAGACGCAGCUUUUAAAUCAACUAGUGUAUGACAAAAAAGCUUUAUUAAAUAAACUCAAGCGAAUGAAACGUACCAAUUUAUCGCUACAGAGAUUGAGAAGAAAGAAAAAAGAAUUAACUAAUAAAGGUUUUAAAAAAGUGUAUCAUAUCUCGCAAUCAGUCGUAACACAUCAGAAUGCAAACAGUGGUCUAAUUGCGAGUCCGAAUUAUACAAAUGAUUUAUACAAGAAAUGUUUCGUAGAAUCAAUUAAAACUGAUUCAAAUAUAUCAACUUGUGGCAGUUCAUGGUGUGAAACGGAAUCCAACACUUCACUGGAAGAAGAAAGCCAUGAUUAUGGUUAUCAAUCGUCUUCUGCAAGCAAAUGAAGAAGAAGAAAGAAAAGAUUCACUUUGCUAAAGACUGAAGAAAAAAUGGAAGUUUUCUUCUUAUUUUUAUGUCGACUAUUGUCCCGAGUAUCCAUUUGAUACAUUUUGAGCUAAAAAUUUUGAUAGUUUUUGGCGAAAAUUGCCAAAUGUUUUUAGAUUUCUAGAAGAAUUUUACAUUAAUAAUAUCAAUUAUUAAAAUUAAAAUGGAUACUUGGGUAUUGAUACAAAAGUUAAAUGUAGAAAUCUUUAAGACGAUUUAUAUUAAUAUUAGCU